AGGUAAGAUAAGGUACUGAAGUACACCAGCGCCACCGAUCAGCAACGUGCAUAAAAUUUGUGUACUGCAUCAUCAAUUGUAAACGCGGCCUUCACUUCCCUCCCCAUCGCUCAUUCAAACACCCUUCGCCUCUCUUGUCCUCCGCAUCUUCACUCCCUCCUGUCAUCAUCCACCCACAAUGGCUUUCUGGCGCGACGUCUUCCACCAGUGCUUCUUCAUCCCAACCCCAACCCUAACAGAGAAGAACCUCCCCAACCAAGCCGGCCGCGUCUUCAUCGUAACCGGAGGCUACGCAGGCGUCGGCAAAGAACUCUGCAAAAUCCUGUACGGCAAAAACGGCACCGUCUACGUCGCCGGCCGCUCGCAGGAGAAAGGCGACAAAGCGCUCGCCGAAAUCAAAGCCGCCCACCCUUCCUCCGACGGCCGCGUGGAAUUCCUCAAACUCGACCUCUCCGACUUGGCCACUAUCAAACCCGCCGUCGACGAGUUCACCCGCCGCGAGCAACGCCUCGAUGUCCUCACCAAUAACGCAGGCGUCAUGCAGCCCGCGCAGGGCUCCAAAGAUUCGCACGGCCACGAAUUGACCAUCGGGACCAACUGUCUGGGCCCGUACCUGCUCACCCAGCUCCUGACUCCUCUCCUGCAAAAGACCGCCGCAUCCAAUUCUCCAGGCAGUGUGCGCGUCACGUGGGCCGCCUCGCUCGCCACGAGCUUCUGUCCCACCGGCGGCGUAGCGUGGGACGAGCAGACGGGCAACCCGAAGUUGCAUGGCCAGAGCAUGACCAACUAUGCUCAAACCAAGGGGGCGAACGUGCUGCUCGCCAAGGGGUACGUCGCGCAGCACUCCAAGGAUGGUAUCGUCAGUAAUGCGUGGAACCCGGGCAAUCUCAAGAGCGAGCUGCAGCGCGGUAUGAAGUGGUUUGAGACUUUCUUAAUCGCCCCCAUCUUGUUUCCCACUUACUUUGGCGCCUACACCGAGCUGUUUGCCGGGUGGAGCGAGGAGGCGGGCAAGGUGGAUACGAAGGCGGCGUAUAUUGGGCCUUGGGGACGCUUUGUUACGCUGCGGAAGGAUGUGGAUGAGACCAAGGAGGUGGAGCGGUUUAUUGAGUGGUGCGAGAAGGAGACGAAGGCUUAUAGAUAGUCCGAGGCUUUGCAUCCUUUUUUUGCCACAGAGGCUCACGAUGAUACCUAGUCGAAAGAGAGACACGAUCUGUAGUUGUAAUGCAGCAAUGCUCGAUGGUACCAUCGAGGGCAGACUUGAAUUCAGUCAUUACAGAGC